AUAUUAUGGUUGGGGGUCACCACAACAUAUGGAACUGCAUGAAGGGGUCACGGCAUUAGCAAGGUUGAGAACCACUGUGUGGGGAAAUCUAAAGGGCCUCUCAGCCGAGGCACCCCCGGCGUCCCGUUGGGCAUUCAGAAAGCACGUCCUGUAAAUAGACAGCGGAAGAGCCGGGUUUUAAGGUCCUUUUUAAAGGUUUCCCAAUUUCUCCACUGAAGACCCCGAUGUUUGCAUAUCUGGGUGUUUCCAUUUUCAACAUGACCCAUGAAGGGAAAGGGGGAAAUCGUGGAGGUAAAGAAAGUUUCUCACCUUCAUCCUUGAUCUUUUGCUUCUUCCUUAACCAGGGAAAUGAGGAUUCUAUGGAGCCUCCCCCCCCCCCCUUGGAUGCAGCAGUGAAAUCAAUAAUAUAGGAAGAAGAACUUCUCUCUAGGUGAGGGUCCUGCUGAAAUCUUGACCUCACAUACAGAUAAGGAAGGAAAAAAAGAAGACUGAAGCAUCUGUUUUGCAACCAAACACCCAUAUCAUGGCUGACAUGAAGGAGAAAGCAUCCAUGUGCCUGGAGUGUGGGAAGAGUUUCACGCGGAAGCAUCAUCUGAAGCAACAUCAAAGGACUCACACGGGGGCGAAACCCUAUACAUGCCUGGAGUGUGGACAGAGCUUCACUAUGGGUGGAAGUCUACGUUCACAUCAAAGGACUCACACUGGGGAGAAACCCUAUACAUGCCUGGAGUGUGGAAAGAGCUUCACAGAGAGUGGAACUCUACGUUCACAUCAAAGGACUCACACUGGGGAGAAACCCUAUACAUGCCUGGAGUGUGGAAAGAGCUUCACUCAGAGGGGAAGUCUACGUUCACAUCAAAGGAUUCACACUGUGGAGAAACCCUAUACGUGCCUGGAGUGUGGACAGAGCCUCACUACGAUUGGAAGUCUACGUUCACAUCGAAGGACUCACACUGGGGAGAAACCCUAUACAUGCCUGGAGUGUGGAAAGAGCUUCACUCAGAGGGGAAAUCUACAUUCACAUCAAAAGAUUCACACUGUGGAGAAACCCUAUACAUGCCUGGAGUGUGGAAAGAGCUUCACUCAGAGGGGAAAUCUACAUACACAUCAAAGGAUUCACACUGGGGAGAAACCCUAUACAUGCCUGGAGUGUGGAAAGAGCUUCACUCAGAGUGGAGGUCUAUGUUCACAUCAAAGGAUUCACACGGGGGAGAAACCCUAUACAUGCCUGGAGUGUGGACAGAGCUUCACUACGAUUGGAAGUCUACGUUCACAUCAAAGGACUCACACUGGGGAGAAACCCUAUACAUGCCUGGAGUGUGGACAGAGCUUCACUAUGCGUGGAAGUCUACGUUCACAUCAAAGGAUUCACACUGGGGAGAAACCCUAUACAUGCCUGGAGUGUGGAAAGAGCUUCACAGGGAGUGGAAGUCUACAUACACAUCAAAGGAUUCACACUGGGGAGAAACCCUAUACAUGCCUGGAGUGUGGAAAGAGCUUCGCAGAGAGUGGAAGUCUACGUUCACAUCAAAGGAUUCACACGGGGGAGAAACCCUAUAAAUGUCUGGAGUGUGGAAAGAGCUUCCCAGAGAGUGGAAAUCUACGUUCACAUCAAAGGAUUCACACUGGGGAGAAACCCUAUACAUGCCUGGAGUGUGGACAGAGCUUCACUAGGAUGGGAAGUCUACGUUCACAUCAAAGGAUUCACACUGAGGAGAAACCCUAUAAAUGUCUGGAGUGUGGAAAGAGCUUUACUGUGAGUGGAAAUCUACGUUCACAUCAAAGGAUUCACACUAGGGAGAAACCCUAUAAAUGUCUGGAGUGUGGGCAGAGCUUCACUACGAGUGGAACUCUACAUUCACAUCAAAAGAUUCACACUGUGGAGAAACCCUAUACAUGCCCGGAUUGUGGAAAGAGCUUCACUCAGAGUUCAGAACUACAUAAACAUCAUAGGAUUCACACUGGGGAGAAACCCUACAAAUGCCUGGAGUGUGGGCAGAGCUUCACUCAGAGUGGACAUCUACGUUCACAUCAAAGGACUCACACUGGGGAGAAACCCUAUACAUGCCUGGAGUGUGGAAAGAGCUUCGCCCAGUGUUCAAGUUUACGUUCACAUCAAGGGAUUUACACUGGGGAGAAACCUUAUAAAUGCAUUGUGGGGGCAGUUAAGAAAAAUAUAUAAUAUUAAUAUUACAAUAGAAUUAGAAUCAAAAUGUAAACUGUUUGAACUGCCUGUAUUUACAUAGGUCAGGUUGGCCGGGCAAAGUAAACUGACAAACUUGAGGGAUCGAUUUGUGGCAGCCGUUAGGAGAAAAAUAAAAUAAUCAUAAUAAUUUAGAAUAAAAUAAGACGAUUUUGUUCCUACCUGAAUCUGAGAAGACCAGUUCUAAAUUUGCAAGCAUGCAAAAAACCUGCAGAUGAGAUAUUGAUUGACCUGGACUUUGGGUCAAGCCAUGUUUGUUCUAACAGAAGUUUGUUCUAGAUAUGAAGUCAACAAAGCAAGUUGGCAGGACAAAGGAAUCAAUAUAUCGAUCCAAGACUUGGAACAUCUAAGGUCAUAUGGUAAGAGAGCGCCAUCCUCUGACCACUUAAUGUAAAUAGUAGCAAUUUCAGAAACGUUUCAUCCAAAAGCAAAUUCCUUUGGUCUUCAUAUUAAGAAAUAAGUUAUAAUGGAGUUAUUAAGGCUGGAUUUAUUAGGAGAUUGCCUUGAUCAAAUCUUAUGUUAUAAGCAUAUAAAAGUUAUAAUUCAAUUAGAGAUUUAAAGCAAUUGAACGUGUCAUCUUAGGAUAACGGGUGAAAGUUGAGAUAAGUUAUAUAACCGAGCAGAUGUUUGGGGUCACAACGUGCCUGCCAAGACCUGAUAAAGAUGUCCUUGGCAACUAUACAUGAAAACACCUGUUAAUGAUUGUAUUGUGUAAAUGUCAGAUUCGUUCUGCGCAUGUGUAAAACUAGCAAUUUUAUGCUAUAAAAACUGGAACAAUUGCGACUUCAAGGCUUGUGACAGACAUUGGAACUGUUCACCCUAUACUCCGCGGAGAUAGUAAUAAACGCCUGGAAAUCUGCCAA